UCGACGAAAUUGAAAACAAAAACAAAUUUUGCAAUUUUCUGGAAGAAAAUUUGAGAAAACUCGAGAAAACUGAUUGUGUGCUAGCAUUUUGUGUUAGUUUUUACAACUCAUCAGCAUGUGUGGAAACUAUGAGUGACGCUGGUGAAGGCAGCGCCGGAAUCGAACGUGUGGAGAUGCUGAAACGACCGCGACUUCUCUCGUAUCAGGGUUCGCAGUCGCGCUCCGCGGAACGGGAUGUCGGAUUACCGAUGGCAGGGGCGUCCUCCAGCUCGCUGGAACAGCUGGACCGUCGUGAGCAGGCUGCGGAUGAUUUGCGCAGCUGGCAGGAAAGCCAAAUUGCCCAGUGUGUCGGCGACAACAUCCUCAACACGGUGCUGGAGCAGUACGUGAACUUCUACGAACAACGCAAUAACCGGAACGGAGGAGCUGAGCAGCGACAGCGACAGCCACCACAACCGAACGAUGACGAGGUGCUCGAGGAUGAGGCCAUCCGGAUGGCCAUCAACGAACGGGGUCUACAACGUGCGGGAACGAGCAGUGGAGCCACGGCUACCGCUGCUGCACUGGCGGAAGUUACGGGUGGCGAACAACCGGGACCCAGCUGGGCUGGGCUGGGACGCACUCUGGAGGACAACUUCAUCCUCGAUACGGCCGUGGCCGCAGCAAUACAGGAGAAGGGACUGGUAGCGGGAACCAGUGAUGCCGAACCCACCGAUAGCGACGACAGCAGUAUGCUACAGGAGGAUGAUACUAGGUAGUGGGAAAAGCCUUGGACCUCUCCCAGCUCCCGUCCUGCAAUAUUAUUAUUAUUAUCAUUAUUAUAAUCUUUACUUUCCAACGGUGUGCAGAAAGGAGAGGAAAAGAAAAUGGUCUAACAUCCAAUAGCGAGGGAUGAGAUAGAUCAAGCGAAUAUUUGAAGAGAAACUAUUUUAAUGUAAGUUCACCUUGUUAUAAUAAGUACCGAAAUAAGUUUCUAAAUAAAAUUUAACGAAGCAGUUAAAGCUGCUCGUAACGCACGCUAAAAAACAGUAGUACCCUUAAUUUCUUGCAGGUCGUUUUUCAAAGCAUAAUACAAAUUGGUUCCGCAACAUUUAUUAUCUAACGGAAUUUUUCUGCUCUGCUAGGAAGUGUGUGCAAGUUUGUGUUCUCACAAUAUCCGCUACUAGUUAUAAUCGUUUGUAUAUCUAAUGUUAAAAAUUACGAUGAAAUAAAAGUAUUUGUG